AUCCUAGACAUCAGUUGGGUGAGAGCCGCCAGUGAGAGAGGGUCCCUAUGUCACGUUAUGUCGGCCCACGCCGCAAACUCGCGGCUGGCCAAUAGUUUUUCAGUGCAAACUCAUGCUACUGCCCGGUCUCCGCCUAUAGAGACCGGUAAUGCAGCGGAUAAUAGUGUAUACAGUGGAAAACGCGAUGGUAGUGCUUUAGGGCCGCGCGACCCCUUGGCCUCAGCGCCAUGUAACGGAGGGAGGCCCAGCGCGCCCCCUUGCAGUGCAACAACUGCUACCAGUGCCAAAAGUGUAAGCCCUACUAGUGGUGUUAGUGCCAGUGAUCACACAGUGAGCAAAAAUGCCCACUCAAGCGCAACUUCUGCACACCAUAGCAGUGCCUACAGUGAUAACAACACGAUUACCUCUUUUAAACCCAAGGAUGCCAAUAACAGUGAAGGUUCUAAUGGUGGUGUAAAUGUGUUACACGGUGCACGAAGUCAUAAUUUGAGCAGUUUGGGAGAGCGUUCCUCCCCUGCUAGUGUGAGGAGGAGUGGUGAGAGCGGCAGGCAGAGCAGGAUGGACACCACCAGCUUCAGACUACGGCUGAGGAAGGGUGGUGGAGAAGGCGUCACCAAGAAGGGACCCCUGGUGGCCAAGCAUCCCUCCUCCACCACCGCCUCCACCUCCAUCCUCACCACCCAGCCCAAGGAGAUACGCUCUCCCGUAGGACCUGGUCCACAGCCCCUGGGGUCCCAUCGUCGGCGUCCCGGCUCCCCUGACCCUAGAGGACACGCCAGGACCCGCGCCCCAGCCCCGAGGGACUCUCCGAGGUCCUCCCCGAAGUCAUCCCCGAGGUCUUCCCCCAAGUCUUCCCCCGUCAGACAACUGCAUAGAGAGCGGUCAGCGAGUCCUCGACGGUACGUAGCGCGGGGUAGCAGCGUGGGCGUGGGGGGGCGCGGGCACACCGCCACACGGGUCACGCCCUCGCCGCCGGCGAAACGCGCCACGCCGCCCACCUCCCCGCGGGUGCGUCGCCAGCGUUCGCCCUCAGCCCGCAGGAACCCCUCGCCUAAGGUCAGCGAGGCUGUAGGGGUAAUCAAGUCCCGACAGAAGCGUGGCACCUCCCCGGGUGCCACCGCCCGCGCCUCCCCUUCCUCCUCCACGCCCACACCCACUUCCCCACUUAGUCCCUCCUCCAGGAGACCGCCCUCCCCCAUCUCCACUACCACCACGACUCCCACUACCACCACGACUCCCACUACCACCACGACUACCAGCAAUACUAAUCGUCCACCUUCCCCUGGGGCACGUCGGCCCCCGUCGCCUACUGCAAGCAGUAGCGGGGCGAGACCUCCCUCCCCUGGGGCCAGACGCCCACCUUCGCCCCGGGGCACGUCACCCAGGGGCCGUGGAGCAUCGCCGGGGUCGAGGGGGCCGCCCAUCAGCGAGGAGGCGUUAAGAGGGCGCGUGAGGCGGGCGUUGAGGGCCAGGCUCUACCUCCUACACCAGCCAGGACCCAACUCCUUCACCGUGGGCGGCGACUCUCCCACACACAAGUACAAGGUCAUCAUCGGUCCACAGACGUGUUCUUGCGGCCACGGUCCGUACUGUGUUCAUGUCUUGUUCGUGAUGGUCAGGGUCCUACAGGUGGCAGAGGCUGACCCCGUCCUUAUGGCUGGUGCGCUCAAGGACUUCGAGGUUGAACAGCUGAUGGGAGCAUAUGAAGAGCGACUCAAGAAGGCGGUAAGAUCGAGGGAGAGGCGACAAAGUGACGGUGGCGCAGUGGCAGAACAACCUGCUGGGGGUAAAGGCGGACGAUCCAGACCUUCCACCCCAACUGGCCCACCCUCCUCCCACCCUGACUCGACCAAUGGUGAUGAUGACUCGCAGUGCCCAAUUUGCCUGAUGUGCAUGGUGGAGGGCGAGAGCCUAGUGAUGUGUGAGGCCGGGUGCCGCAACCUCCUGCAUCAUCACUGCAUGGCAGUCUGGGCUGCUGACCGAAGUGCCCAGGGUCAGCCUCUCCUGUGUCCUCUGUGUAGGGCACCCUGGCCACUCAAACACCACCCCCGCCUCACACCCACGGCAGGGACCAUACCUGUCUCACGCCCACAUGCUACUACCUCGCCUCCAGCUGCCUGGUCACCACCCUUGGCACCUGACUAUGCCUUCCCAUUGAUGAGUGCCAGUUUCUCAGGAGUCUGCAGCAGUGGACGCCAGAGUCCUACAGUCUCUGGAAUGAUGUCACGGUCGUUAUCAUCAGCGUACCCCCACACCCAGUCACCUUACACAGACUCCGCUUACUCCUCACCUGCGGGAGGAUCAAUAUAUCCACCCACAGUUAGAGGGGAGGUGUCGGCAGCCAUCGUAGUGAGUGCCUCGGAGGAAGCUGUGCCACUUCCCAGGAGUGAACCCAUACCAGCAGAACACGAAUCUACCGCUGCCGGUUGGGUUCACGUCUUUGGCAAGGAACUUGUUUCGUGUCUUUUCUCCCGUGAUUGGGCCGUGAGAGAAACUGGUCUCAGAAGACUUGCACAUGAAGUAGUUAAAGUGUUACACUGGGACAGAUUAGUGACUGCCGAGGAGAAAAGACGCCAAGUUAUUCAUUGUUGUGCUAAUAUUCUCGCCCAGGUGGCGAAUGAUCCUGUUUACAAAGUGUACCUGGCAUGUUUACGAUGUUUGAGAGUGUUAUUAUCCCACCUUAGUCCUACUUCAGUAAGUCAAGUGACAGCAUUGCAAGAAUUGUUCCGUCCACUCGUUCACACGUUGCUUCUAAAGUGUGCCGAUGGUAACAGACGUACAUCUCAGAUCAGCGUGGACUCUAUACUGGAGCUGUGUCGUGGUCAAGAUGGCGAAUUGGCCUUAGCUACUCAGGUGUCAGCUUCCACUCAAGGUCUUGGAGGCAUCUCUUUUAUUUUAUCCUGCAUCUUAGAGGACACUCCACCUUCAGAGGCUCCCUGGCAGUGGCUCCUGGGACGCCUGUGUGUGCUCGACCGCCUCGUUGACGAAUUUCCAUCAGAAUUUCAGUUGCAGUAUGUGCCUCUUCACUCAGCGGAGUCUGGCUAUAAGCUUCAAAACUAUGACCGUCUAAUGACUGUAGUAGAGUUCGCCUUUAAGGCUUUGGGGAGUAGCCAUGCAACUGUAAGUAAGUUAGCACGCCGUGUGUAUAUUUGUGGAGCAAGAUUUGCUGCUGCUGAACCUGCAGUAUUCCAUCAAGUUUGUGACAUGCUUGCAAAGUUGGACGUGUCAUUACAGAUGCGUCUCAAACGACGACUGCGUUCCAUGCAGGGUCAACACAGUGAUCGGAAAGCCACCCUCGCACGUUUGGAAGGGAAGUUGAGUUUGGGUACGUGGGAUCUAGGCGACUCUACUGGACCACGUCUUGUGCGUUCUGUCUCCCAUUCACCGUCAAGAAUGUUAUCAGCUUUGAGAUCAUCUUCACAAUCACCUGCACGUCAGCCAGUUAUCUCAGCAACUCUUAAAAAGGAUACAGAGAGAGCAAGUAAAAGUUCUGCAGGACCCACCUCCUCCCCACCUAGACCUACCCACCUACCAUUAGAUUGUUUUGAGGCAAAAUUUAAAGAAAAACAAGCAAAAUUACGUCUAUAUCAUAAAACCAGACCUAAGAAUGACGUCCCCUUCAUCGUACAAAAUGUAUUAGUCUCCCCCAUACAUCAACGACAUCAGCGCUGGAAUUCUGUGAAAAUGGGAGUUCUCAGCAAAGGUGGACUCUCACAAAGCCACGGUGAUGCUCUAGAUGUGUCUCCUCAAACACCUUUAGGGUCAGUAGCUCCUCCACAGUUCUCAUUCAGAGAUGUCGUGAGUACUCCCGCCACACCUACCGUACCGCACUGUACGCCGGUCCGAGAAAUGGCUCCAUCGCUAUCUCAAAAUGACGGUGAAGUCCAAGAUCUAUGGAGAGCACAUGAGGCUCCCUUACCAGUCAUCCCAGGCCUUGAUCUUCUUCCAGCCCACCUUGGUGAAUCCUUACACCCUUAUGAGCAGUAUGUGGAGGGUGCACAGUACGAGGAGGGCAGGGACUGGAUGCGAGGACCCUUAUUGGGCACUGGGGCUUUCUCCUCGUGUUAUCAAGCUCGCGAUGUACGGACCGGUACCCUAAUGGCCGUCAAACAGGUCUCAUUCUGUCGGAACCAAGAGGAAGAGCAAGAGAGAGUAGAAGCAUCCGUGGAAGAAGAAAUCCUCAUCAUGUCUCGUUUACGUCACACCAACAUUGUGAGGCUCUUGGGUGCCUCCAGACACUCCACGUCUUUCUCUGUUUUCACCGAGUGGAUGGCCGGGGGGUCGGUGGCCACCAUGCUGGACAAAUACGGCACCUUCUCUGAGCACGUCAUCCUAAAAUACACUAAGCAAGUGCUCGCCGGGCUGGCCUACCUACACGAUAACAAGAUCUUGCACCGUGACCUUAAAGGUGCAAACCUCCUGGUAGACAGCACCGGCCAGUGGUUAAGAAUUGGUGAUUUUGGGACAGCAGCUCGAAUGGCAAGCAAAUCAACAGUGACCGGAGAAUUUCAGGGACAACUUCUCGGCACAAUUGCCUUCAUGGCUCCCGAGGUCCUGCGUGGUGAGGACUAUGGCCGUUCCUGUGAUGUGUGGAGCGUAGGAUGCUGCGUCAUUGAAAUGGCUACGACCAAGCCACCCUGGGGAGCUGAUCAUGUUUCCAACCAACUGAAGCUCAUGUACAAGAUUGCUACAAGCAAUGGACCUCCCAUGGUACCUGAAAUGCUGUCAGCCAGCACCCGUGACUUGGCUCUCCGCUGCCUAGAGAUCAAGAGUGAAAACAGACCACCAGCCAAGGACCUCAUUCAACACUCGUGUUUCAAAACACAGCCGCCAUGACCCCAUCAUGCUACACAAAUGUCCACUGCUAAUUGAGAAAUUACUUUGUUUAAUUAUUGAGGAAAUUGGAGGGUAUUAAUAAUAUAAAUUUAAUUAUUUUUGAAUUUUGAAAUUAAGGAUGGAACAAGAAUUAUUUUUUAAUUGGGUGAAAUUUGUGGGAUAUAUUUUAUCUUCAUCUAAAAGUAAAUUGAUAUAUUAAAUUUAGAUAUGAACAUUGUUUUACAGGGAUAUGAUUGGAGUACUGUUAGCAGUUUACUUGAGUAUAUCAAGGGAAUAUACAAAGCCUAAAAUUGGCAAUGCCAAAUCAUUUUUUUUCAUUUAAAUGUUUACCUCUUUAUGUCUGAAAAUCUGAUAGUACAAAUUUUCACUAAGUUACUUUCCAUUUCUUUUAAAUCAUCAUCAAUCAGAAAAGCUCUUCUCCCGAUGAAAUUGGUUACACGUGAGCAGGCAGAGCGUAUAGAGCUCGGUAAGGGACGUCCGGCUCUAUAGUGUAUAUAUUAACAGUAUACACGUAGCUUAGUGUAGGUCGUAGGCGGCCUCCUUCUAGGACACCCUCCUGACUUAACAUUAACAAUUUUAAUGGACAUAAUGACUCUGACUUGCCUUAUUGGAAGUUUAAAUUUGUUAAUAACAUUGUUAAGACCCUUAAAGAGGCAGACAGAGCCAUAAUGCUCCGUUAGUGUUGGGAGGCUAGUGUCCCCGUGAAGGCCUGUCUGUCCCCCAAGACUGGUCAACAGGACCAAGUAUGAACCAGUGUGGAAGACAAUUUAUUUUAUUUUCAAAAUCUUUUUUUAAACAUUCUUAGCUGAUGUUUCUUAUUUGGUCGUAGAACAGAUAUAUGUUUCUUGAUCCUGUCAGACCAGCUUUGCUGGACUUACAAAGUUGCUCCACAGAUUUCUUGACUUUCCCUGUAGGUAACAUUAACAGCCUUUACAAUGGCAUGGUGCUGUCAUUUUACCUCACAAAGUUUUUCUUUCUCUCUUCUUUUAUGGUAACUUGUGUGAGAUUGGUGGGAAGCAGAAUAUGCCUGCUAGCAGUACCCACGAGUAGACCAGUUUCACGAAAUUCCGAGAGACUGUCUAACAUAAUUGCUUGUUCGGUAUAUCGUAUUCUGCUGCCCAUCACUCUGGCCAGUGUUGCUUGUGUGGGUGAAAACAAUUCAGCCGUUAACUCCGACUUUUGCCAUCAUACUGUGAAAUUCCAUUGCAUUUGUAACACUUUACAAAGUGACUACAGAUCUCAGUGUAAUUUAGGGGACCAACUUGUCUUUACUAUUUAUGUAUUUUAUUUAAAUUAUUUGUACUGUGUCUCCCUUUACUUGUUACUUAUAUUAAUUACUCUUUGUCCCCAGUUUCUCAUACCUACUUUGAAAUUCCAAAGUGUUCAUUUACACCAAAUUGUACUGUACUGUACUAUGGUGAAUUGUUGAGAGUAAUACUUUAUUACUUAAAUUUUGUGUUCAACAAGUCAUCCUCAGCGUGGUCAUGAGACAUCAGCUUUGGAAGAUUAUUUUAUCAAACGUAUCAACAAACGAACAAAAUUUUAUAAAUCUUUUGUAUGUAAUGAAUGACUUGUCAGCAAGGCGUGACUGCCUGGGCUUUCUAACGGAGUAGUACCCAGCCAUAUUUAAUAGUAAGGUCACAUUUUUGGAAUGGUACUGCAAAUUAAAAAAUUUAAGAACUCUUACUUUUCAAAAGCUUAUGUCCUAGCUUUAGGAAGAAUGUUCUUUACACUUUAAUUUAUUUAUUUAUAUUUUUUAAUCUGGUUAGCCCACAGAACUGUUACAUAACUCUGACCUCUGUUUGUUCUUUUAGCGUUAAGAGUCAACUGCGGACAAAUACCUGAGAAUUACCAGUGUGGAGCUCGGGGCUUAAGCUAUGCUGAAAUUGGUGAAACUGGAAAUUGAUGUUUUUCAUAAUAGAAAACCACUCUACAUAGUACAAAAUGUUUCAAUGUUAAGAUAUUGUAGCCUCACAACAAGCAAGGAAGAGCUUCCAUGGACAGUUUACAAAGUUCGGGUGUAUGUCCUCUUUGACAGUACUGACAAAAAGAAAAAAAGAAAAUGUACUUAGUGUGAACUGGGGAUUAAUUAUGUUAAUUGUGGGAUAUUCCCCACAAAUUAAACUUAGGAGGAUUAAGGGACAUCAGGUAUAAUCCUUUUCAAAUAUCAAGAACCAACCCACUGAAAAAGUGCCUAAUUUUUUAUAAUUUUCUUAAAAUUUAUUGGAAAGGGAUUCUCAUGUAAGCAAAAUGGCCACACACGCACACACUAAGAAUCUGUUGUUACAAAAUGGCAGUUAAAGUGUAUAAAAAAAAAACGAAUGUUAUUACAGAAGUAAAUGCUUGAGAAUCCCCUCACCAAGUAAGUUGACAAUUUAAUUUGGAAAUAUAUAUUAAAAAAUUAAGGUGUGUAGGGCAGUGGGAUAUGUGGUGGAGGUUGCCAUUUCUUCUACAAGAUUCUAUUUUCCUUAUACGUACAGUAUAUAGCUUUAAUCACACUGUGCCUUAUACCUUCCCUGAACCAACUUUCAUAUUUGUUCUAAAGUACAAGAUCACUUUUCACAACUCCACCCUCCCAGGAGCCCUACACUCCACCUUCUUCAAGGUGCCAAAAUGUACAGAGCACAACCCUAGUUUAAGCUAUUUUUCUACUGUUCACUGUUUGCAUUUCUCAAGUGAAACUUUUGUGAAUGUCUGGGACCAAUUUUAAGAAAACCUUAUUGUUUACUAGGUUUUUGUAGUUGAUUUUUUUUUUGGUAGAUUAUAAAGUUGAAUGAAAAGUCAAA